GGAAACAAAACUUCCUUCACGUUGUUUGAUCGUUGCGAGUUAUUUAUUUACAUAGACUGAGAGUGGACCAUUUUUGUUAGUUUAAUAUUAAGUCCACUCUUUCGUGUAUUUAUUAAUAUUACGUGUAUUAAUUAAUAUUAUAAUGUGUGAAGACAUUGAAGCGGAUUGCAAGAGACUCGAACCAGCUGCCAUUUUUGGUUUUGAUGGGCAAGUCUCCGGCGGACUGCAAUUACAUCCUGACCAUAAGCACCUAAUAUUUCCCCUUGGAAAUAAAUUGGCUGUAACUAAUUUAACGAACAAUAAACAGAAAUUUCUAUGUGGACACACGAAUACUAUUUCGUGCCUGGAUAUAAGCAAAAGUGGUAAAUACUUGGGAUCUGGGCAAGUAAGUCAGAGAGGCUUCCAGGCCUAUACUAUAUUAUGGGAUUGGUGUAAGAAUGAGGAGAUCACUCGUCACGAGUUGCACAAGGAACGCGUCCAAGCUGUCUGUUUUACAAGCCAAGAUCAAUUUCUUGUAAGUCUAGGUGGGGAGGAUGAUGGUACUCUUAUUAUUUACGACAUUGAAAUGAAAACUCCUAUUAUUCGAACACCGGCUGCAAAAAGAACAUCAGGAUCCCCAUUAACCCUUCUUCCAUUUCACAGGAGUUCCUCUAUUUUUAUUGUAGCUGGAGAUAGACAUUUACGGGUGUGGACUAUAGAAAGAGAGAGCCGAAAAAUGCAGGUCUUAGAUGCAUCCCUUGGUAAAAUACAAAGACGCUUCACAGGACUUCGAAUUAGUGAGGAUGACCACAUUCUCUAUGCUGGAACAAUGAGCGGUGAUAUACUUAAGGUUCGUCUGAAUAUAACCUGCGAGAAGGAUUGCGAAAGAGAUAACCAACAAGCCAUUUUGCUGGGAUGCUAUGCACGUCAUAAUCCACGAAAACCGAAGGGAAAAGAUUGUGAGAAAUAUGUUAAUGGAGUUAGAGAGGUUUACAUUGUAGGAAAUGGUCAACUGUUGAUUGGAGCCGGUGAUGGUAGUAUUGAAUUAGUUGAAGAACGUAACGUUGUUUUGAAGGAUUACAACAGUCCUACGUGGCCGCAGUUCAAAAGUAUUAAACAUACGAAAGUGAAUGGUGCAGUAACUUCUAUCACUAAAUUGUCGAAUAGCAUUUUCUUAAUUGGAACUGACAACAACGAGGUCUACACUUUGGCGCUUCCAUCGUUCGAUCUGAAAUUGCAUAAAACCUGCCAUAAGGCCACAGUUUACGACAUUGUCUUUCCAAAGGACUAUCCUCAAGUUUUCGCAACAGCAAGCUAUGAAUGCAUUCGCAUAUGGUCGACAACACGCCUAAAAGAAAUUUUACGGAUAAUGGUGUACAAUUUUUCGGCAGCCUCAAUUGUCUUCACGAAUGAUGGUAGCAGCAUAAUCUCAGCAUGGAAUGAUGGGGUAAUUCGAGCAUUCACACCAAUUACUGGAAGAUUGAUAUUCGCAAUUCCAAAUGCACACAAUAAAGGAUGUUCGGCAGUUACAAUAUCGUCAAACGGGAAAGUCCUUGUCAGUGGAGGAAUGGAAGGCCAAGUCCGAGUUUGGAAGAUCGAACCGCAUCGGCAAAGUCUCGUGGGUGUCCUUAAAGAGCACUCCGGAAAUAUUGCUUCUGUAGAUUUCAACAAAUUCGAUACGGAAGUUGUCUCGGCAUGUAGCGAUGGAACUUGUAUAAUCUGGGAUAUCAAUCGACUAACGAGGAAGCAUGUGCUGUAUGCCAACACUCAAUUCAAAUGUGCUCGAUACUAUCCUACAGGUGUUCAGAUAAUUGCAGCAGGAACUGAUAGACGCAUUAGUUACUGGGAGGUGUAUGAUGGCACCCUUGCACGAGAGGUCAUUGGAUCACCAAAAGGUUUCAUCAAUAGCCUCUCAUUGAAUCAAACUGGAGAAUAUUUCAUUUCUGUAUCUAAUGAUCAGACAGUAAAGCUGUGGGAUUACCAACAAGCUGUUCCUCUUUGCUGCGGUUACGGGCAUGCAGCUCCAGUAGUAAGUUGCCGCUUCAGUCCUUGCGGGAAGUUCUUUGUAACAGGUAGCGCUGACGGGGCCGUUAUUAUAUGGGAUGUCCCCAAGGAGUAUUGGCCUAAAGAAAAAAAAGCGGAAGAUGUCAUUUCAGUAAAAUCAGAACCGACCAAGCGGAAGCCCAGCAAGCCUAAAAUUGAAAAUAUUGAGCAAGCUGAGCCUGACAAGGAAUCCCGGGAUUUAGUUUGUUGUGAGUGUCCACCAAUUAAUAUGAAAUAUGUGCCACAAAUCAAUAUGGCGUAUGGUUGUUAGAUUUAGUUCUCCUGCGUAUGUAUAAUGUAUUUGCUAUUCUUUUUUUAAAAAUAAAGCCAUUUUUAUAA